AUGAAGCUCGACACAACAUUUCGAUUGACGGCCUUGGCAGUCGCAGGACUUCUCUCCAACUGUGCCUCCGUCUCCGACGUCUUCUUACAGUACCGACAGGACAAUGUUACUAGAGAAGUCUAUAAUAAAACCUUGUACAAACCCUUGUUUGAAGCGCCUUCAAAUUCAACCCCUCGAUUCCUAAAUAUUUCCCAGAAAGAUGUCAACCCAUUGCGAGGAGCGGCCGGUACCCUCGCGCUACCAAAGAGACAAGAAAGUACAGUUGAGGACGGAACCUGUGCGCCUGGUACUCCAUGCUCAAACGGAGCGUGUUACAGCUCUUCGGGUUUCUGUGGUUAUAGUCCGGAUUUCUGUGGAGCUAAUUGCAUAUCCAACUGUGAUGCUAAGGCACAAUGUGGGAAGUAUGCAAAGACUGGAAAAGAAAAGUACCCACUGAAUGAGAAAUUUUGCGGUCUGGGCUGUGAUGAGAGUAGUGGGCUUUGUGGCCCUGCCCCAACUCCACGCCGUGGAGGCAACAAAGCUGGAAGGAAGGAAAUCGCAUACUAUGAGUCCUGGGCGAACACUCGUUCCUGUGAUGUUGUCUCUCCUGAAGAUUUCGAUGUCGCAGGUCUAACACAUUUGAAUUUUGCGUUUGCCUUCUUCGACCCAACGUCCUUCCAGAUGACAGCAAUGGAUGCAAAUGCGGACUCCUUGCUGGCGAGAUUCACAGACCUAAAGGUAAACCACACUAGCCUCGAAACAUGGAUUGCCAUUGGAGGUUGGAGUUUCAACGAUGAAACCAACUUCCCCAACACACGAACGGCUUUCAGUGACAUGGCGUCGUCAGCUGGGAAUCGGAAGAAAUUCAUAAACUCUCUUGUGCACUUCAUGAAGGCAUAUGGUUUUGAUGAGGCCGAUAUAGAUUGGGAAUACCCCGGAGCCGAAGAUCGCGGUGGUAAAGAAGAAGACACGGCUAAUUUUGUUGACCUGGUUAAAGAGAUGAAGGCUGCUUUUGGAUCAAGAUAUGGUUUAUCUGUAACUCUCCCAGCUAGCUACUGGUAUCUUCAACACUUUGACGUCAAAGGCAUGGAGCCACAUGUUGACUGGUUUAAUAUUAUGUCAUAUGACAUUCACGGUGUCUUGGAUUCAAGUAAUCGGUUUUCUGGCCCAUUCGCACGACCGCACGCCAACCUGACUGAGAUCGAUGAAAGCCUUUCACUUCUAUGGCGAGCCGGCCUCUCAGCUGGUAAUGUCGUUCUCGGCCUUGGAUGGUACGGGCGUUCAUUCAAGCUGGCAGACCCUUCCUGCACAACUCCAGGAUGCAGGUUCUCGGAAGGUGCAACCGCCGGUGAUUGUACUGGCGCUCCAGGCGUGUUAUCCAAUGCAGAGAUUGACAGGAUUAUUGAGAAGUAUGACCUCACUCCAACUUAUGAUGACAAGGCCGCCGUAAAUUGGAUUGUGUGGAAUUCCGAUCAAUGGGUUAGUUAUGAUAAUGCUAGAUCUUUUAAGAGGAAGAUCGACUACGCCAACAACCUCGGCCUUGGGGGCACAAUGAUUUGGGCCAUUGACCAAGGCUCCUCAAGCGGCAAGACACUAGAUGAUUACCAUGGCGGAGUCUUCCUACAGAAAGCCUCCGUCUUCAAUGCAACGCCGGCUUCUAUGGAAGAUACAAAAUCGCUGACUUUAGUACGACCGGUACAUGUCAAGUCACCUACACUUGUGAAUACGGACUUGGUUUUGAUCAGGUAUGUGACGAUCAACGUUGGGGACUUGAUAAAGUCUUGGGCGGUAUACACUCUGUGUUUAAUCGCGAGACUGGACCCAGAACCGCUCGCGAUCAGUGUGGUGAUGAUGGGAAUCGAUGUCGUUGUGAGCUCGACGAAUUCCCUCUCGACAGUCUCCGCGAGGCAGGUGUCUUGCCCCAAGCCCUGCUUGGAAGCAGUAUGGGAGCCAUGCAGUUCACUGCUUCAGCGCCCACCGCCGAUCACCUGGGAAAUAGGUGCAAUCCCGCCGAAUGACGCUCGCGCUACCUCGAACGCUAUCAUUCCUAAAUAUGGAUGGGACUCUACUAGUGGAUUUGACCCCUACUUCGGAACGUAUGUCGUGGGAGCUUCAACCGUUGUCUCUGAUCACGGCUUCCGUGUGCACUCUCAAGACCCCCUCUUUUAUCAACACAAUUGGGAGGCCCAAAAUUACAGCCCCGAUCCGCAUGGCCUGCCGGCGGCACAGCGGCCUACAGACGUUGUGAGUGCGCACUUGGCGAGGAAACGCUGGGGCGAGGAGCAGGCACAACAUCUUCAUCUAGACGUCGACAUCACCAUCACUGCUGGCGACUUGAUUCCACUCCCUACAAUCAACGUUGGCAUAGAUGACAGUUCGAGUGCGCAACAGGACCUUAUGGAGGAGACAGCGAGGAUAAACAACGUGCUUUUGCAUGUUAUCUCUGCAACCGGCAAUUUACUCGGAAGUGGUGAUUUGCUUCAGGUCCAUCUCCGAAGACACGAGAGUAGAACCCUUGAAAAUACUGAGACCCAGCGGGAUCCUACACCGCCACAUCAGGGGCAUCGUGAUGCCUUGCUAAGAAGAACCAACCCGCUGUGGAAUGAGGGCUUGUCCAUUCCAACCUUUCACGGAAGGCCAAUCUUCGCUACGUCCAAUGUCACAGAACCAUUAGAUUCCAUAUCUCUUGAAGAGGAAUCAGCGUUUGAAAAUUCCAACUUACUACACCAUGGAUUUACUACAACCUCAGAGGAUGCUUACCUAGAAGAAUAUGAGGGUCUACAAAUAUCAGAUGAGAGCCAUAGGUCUUUGAUGGAGGAGUUCCCCGGACUUAAUUAUAUCCUAAAAGACAAGGGUGUUAUAGAGGGAUACUUCGAAUAUGGACUUACAUAUUUAGAUGCCAACAUGCCCUUCGUUCAUGUGCCCACGUUACAUAUGUUACCGCUUUCGUCUCUUCUCCUCCUGGCGAUUUGCUGUUUGGGGGGAAUACUCAGCCCGAUCUCUGAUGCCAAACAAGCAGCAAGAAUAUUCGAAAAAAGUAUUCUCCAACAGAUACAGUCUGCCAUUUUAACUGAACUAGAGCCAUCUAAUGACUCUUUACAAGUAAUCACGUCCGACGCAAACGCCUUUCACUUCACAGUUAUGAUGCCAGCGUAUGCGGUGAAGAGUCCCUUAACGGCCGAUGGAGAAGCUGGGCACAGCAUGAAGCCUUGA